GUACGGCAGCAGGCGCAUCUACGGGUCCGGCGUGCGUGGUCUCUCUUCGCUUGGUUCAGCAGCGGGCGUGUCUUCAGCGGCUGUGGCAGGCGUCACGCUGUGGGGGCAGAACGAUUCCCAGAGAUGGACGUUCGCGGCAGCGGGCAUGGUCUGCGCGAAGAGGAGAUCGACGCGGUGGCGAUGGCGGUUACUGUCGUCGUCGUGAACACAAUGGGCGGCAUGUCGUCGUCCUCAAGCGACAUGCUGACGCAACUCCGAAAACGAAGAGCGCUGUUGCAGCGCAUUGCCGAAGCGCCGGAUUGUGUGGCCACGUGUGAGGCAGUCGUCCAGUUGUGUGCCGCACUGUCAUCUGGCGUUUUCCCGCGGCAGACCCCGUGUUGGUGGAUUAAAUGGCGGACUGGCGGAACAUGGGAGGAUCUCCGCCUCUGUGAUGACGCGACGGACGAGUACUACCGGAAGAAGUUGCGCAUGUCGAUGGCCAUGUUCAGGCAGAUCGUAGCCGCGUGCGCCCCGUACGUGGAGAAGAAGGUGACACACUAUAGGAUGCCAUUGCCAGUGGAGCAGGUGAUUGCUUUCGCGUUGUACAGGUGGGCGUCAGGAGAGACGUACGAGAGCGGCACGUCAGCCUUCGGCAUCGGCAGGGCAACUGGACUGCAGGCCGUCCGCGACGUCACUUCGGCGCUGCUGCAGGCGUACCCCAACGCGAUCAAGUGGCCAGUUGGGCGUAGACGUGCGCAUAUUCUGUGCGCAUUCCGUGACAAGGGUUUCCCGAACUGCUUCGGCGCGAUCGAAUGUACACACAUCCACAUUGACAAGCCCGCCGGCGCACCUUCGGACAACUACUACGACCGCAAACAGAAGUUCUCCGUGCAAGCCACGCUUCGCCCCGCGCGCUCCACCCCACCGGCCAACGGUUACCGCUGGGGGCCGUUGCGGUCGUCGACCUGCAGAAAACCUCCGAUGUCCCCCCACAGACCCGACGGACCUCUCCUGGACCAGCGCCUCCGUGUCGACGGUGCCAUUCUCGCGACGCGGCGACUCCGUGAAACGCGGGAAUCCUAAAUUUUUCAGUAGGUCCGGGGCUACUGGAAAAUUUAGGACGAUUUGGUUGGGGAAUCCUAAAUCUUUUAGGACG